UUUAGCAACGGCGGCGGGGUCUACUCCAGGCCCGGCCACCAGGGUUUCCGCGGUGACCGGUCCCGGCACCCCUCCGCGCGCCCAGGCUCAGUGCUGCUCUGCGGCCCCCCGCACCCACCGCUGGGCCCUCCGCCGUACCCCUGCACCCCCGGUCUCCGUGUGCGUGUCCCCCGCACCCCCGAUCCUUGCCGUGCCUCCCCCUUCGCCUCGUGUCCGCCCCUCCCAGUGUCCCUGGUCCCGGGUGGGCCUGUCCGCUCCCCUCACCCCCGCAGCCCCCGCCCUGCCCCCGGCACCGCCCCCGCUGUGGCGGGCAAGACCGUGAGGGCUGCGGGAUAGCACCGGGCCUGCCCCGCCUAGCAUCGGCCUAUGGCUGCUCCGGGAGUGACCGGCACCGCAGAGCUCGGCAAGGAGAUGCUGGUCCUGGCGCACCCAGUGGGGACCCCCACCCAUGGGCCAACCCAGCAGCCCCCCGGAGCCCCUGUUGAGGAGCAAGGUGGCAUACCCAUCCCCGGCCUGCUGCAGGUCACCGAGUGCAGACAGCCGCUGAGCAGCGUCUCCUCGUUGGAGGUGCACUUCGACCUGCUGGACCUGACUGAGCUGACCGACAUGUCGGACCAGGAGCUGGCCGAGGUCUUCGCCGACUCCGACGAGGAGAACACGGCCAGGGAAGCGCCCGGCGGGUUGCAACCGCAGGCGGUGCCGCGGGCCGGGUACCUGCGCUCGCCCUCCUGGACCCGGGCGCGGGAGCAGAGCCGGGAGAAGAAGCAUCUCAGUGACCAGGAGCUGCCGCAGGGACCUUCAGAUGCCUUUCUGCCCACUGACCGGCCGCGGGAUCCCUAGGAACGGUACCGGCCACUUCCUUCCGGCACCGCUGGAACCUGGCCUGGGAACUGGCACCGCGGGUCAGCCACGGUGAGAGGCGACCCGCAGCUCUGCUGGGGGAGCCGGUGGACCAGAGCCCGCACACCUCACCCCAUCCCCGGAGCUGCCCGCAGCCUAGCAUGGCCGGUGCCUGCCCGGUUCUCAUGUAGCAGUGCUGUGUUCCAGUAAAACCGAGCGACCCGCCACUGCCGCGCCUCUGCCCGUCUCUGUCGCCGCUGGGGAGGGACACAGGGCUCUCCUCGGGCCCGGGAGCUCCGGGAGGCCAAGGAGCAGGCCCGGUGAGGGGAGAGAAAAGGGAGUCCGGCUGGUACAGGUGCAGCGCUGCUUUGGCCCCCGCCGACGGUAGUGCGGGACACCGCGAUGUCGCGGCCCAUUUGGCAAAGCUGGGGGGUCGGACAAGACACUGGAGUCCCAGUCCCACUGCGCCAAACAGGGACACGAGUGAUGGGUUGCACAGAGGCACAUUAUUGCUACAGGAAACCCGGUGGGGGAACUGGGUGUUGGCCCCCAGACUCAGCAGUGUUAUUCCAGUAGUGCAUGUGUGUGGAAGGGGGGUUUCACCCAGCUCCCGCCACCUUGCCCAGCCCGCGGGAGGUUAGCUCAGGUCUGUCCUGGUGCAGCCGUGGCUCUAGCUCAGCUGGUAACACGGACCCAUGCCACACGGGUGUAGGCAGUGGGGUAUGGUACUCCUGCCCUGCCUGCACCCAUCCCUGUGCUCCAGGCAUGGACACUGCAGGUGGGAUCAGUGUAGGGACAGCAGGAGCUGCUGUGGGUCAUUAACGGGAUCCCAGUCUCCCUCACCCCGGGGCUCACCCAGUUCCCAAGGAGCAGUUGGGGUCUGGCACCAACCCCCCCCCAUCCCGUCUCAUCCCUCAGGGCCCCAUGGACAGAGGGUCCAGCAGAAGUCAAGAGUCACCCUGGUCCCCAAGCAGCUGAUACACGGGUAACCAAUGUACAGGGGGGUAAUACAGAGAAAUUGUACAAG